UCUAGUCAAUCAGGCCACAACCUCAGGGCAAGUAAGGAAGGAAGGAAGAGAAGCUGGACACAGUUUAAUUUCUGAAAGUAAUUGUACAAGUUAGACCUAAAUCCUAAAGUUUUCUGACAUGACAGCUUCCAUGGAUUAUAACCUUUUAUCCAAUGAUCGUCAAACCAUGGACAACCUGGAAAAGCAGCUGAUCUGCCCAAUCUGUUUAGAAUUAUUCUCCAAACCAGUUGUUAUUCUUCCAUGUCAGCAUAACCUGUGUCGGAAGUGUGCAAAUGACAUGUUCCAGGCAUCCAAUCCAUACUGGUCAACCCGUGGCAGUUCCACAGUAGGAUCAGGGGGUCGAUUUCGUUGUCCUUCCUGUCGACAUGAAGUGGUUCUGGACAGACAUGGAGUUUAUGGUCUUCAAAGAAACCUACUUGUUGAAAAUAUUAUUGACUUAUACAAGCAAGAGUCAAUCAGUUUUGUUCGCAGACCUGAAAAGAAGACUGAACAGCCCAUGUGUGAAGAACACGAUGAUGAGCGAAUCAACAUUUAUUGCAUGACGUGUGAAGUACCAACAUGCUCUAUGUGUAAAGUAUUUGGUGCUCAUAAAGACUGCGAGGUGGCUCCACUCAAUAAUAUUUACAAAAGACAAAAGUCUGAACUCAGUGAUGGGAUUUCAGUGCUGGUAGCAAGCAAUGACCGAAUUCAGUCAGUAAUUACUCAGAUGGAAGAGACAUGCAGAAAUAUUGAGAGUAACGGUUCCUGUCAAAAGGAACUGAUAUGUGAAAAAUUUGAUGGUCUGUAUGCAAUGUUGGAGGAAAGGAAAAAAGACAUGUUGCAAAUCAUUACUGUAGAACAGGAAGAAAAAACACAGCAUGUUCGCUCCUUGAUGAGGAAAUAUGGAGAACAUCUGGAGGGAGUAUCCAAGGUUAUCGAGACUGGAUUACAGUGUAUGGAGGAACCUGAAAUAGCGGUCUUUCUACAGAAUACAAAACCUCUCGUUAAAAAGAUUUCAGAAGCAUCAAAGAUAUCACACCUGGAAAAGAUAGAACGUGGCUUUGAGAAUAUGGAUCAUUUUUCAGCUGUAUUUACAAAGGAAGAAAUGGUGCUCAGAGAGAUUGACUUCCAGAAAUUUGAAGAGGAAACUGAGGAACUGGAAGGAGAAGGGGAAGAGGCAGCAGCAGCAGAAGCUGGGGAGAUUCACACUGAAGUGGAGCAGUCCCAGCAACAGGAAGAACCUGCUGAAGCUAUGCCAUUGCCCACGUCUCCAGCAGAGCCAGUACCCACAAGCGCAGCUGCAUUGGCGGCAGAAGCGGAGAAUGAUUCAUUGCCAGCAGAUGCUGUUCAGCAGGCCGUCACUGAGAUGACUGCAUUGGAGUCUGGAACUCAGUUGCCAACAGCAGCCGCAGCAGUAACAGCAGAACCUUUGUUUUACCCUGCUUGGCAUAAAGCUCGUUCAUUGGACAAGAUCAGCCCUAAUUUGAAUCCAGUGAACAAGAGUUCAGGGGAUAAUAGCAGUCAAAUUGGGUCAAGAAUUCCAGUUGAGAAAGAUGUAAAGAAGCUGGAAGUAAAUCGCAGUUCAUCUGCACAGGAAAAGGACACUAAUGAAGCUAGUUCAGCUGCUGCUCAAUCACAGGGGCCGUGGAUAAUUCUGAUUUGAUGGAGAAUGGACGUGAAAGCACAGAGGAACAUCUGGAGAAAUUUCUGAAACGCCCGUCCGUUGCUGUCGUUACUGUGUGGUCGGGAAUCUUUCGGAGGGUAGGUCUCAAAAUCCCCGGCCUUGCCUGCUUUUGGCAACCGAGAAGGAGGUCGAAUCGUUCGGAUAGAGAUCGCGCUCAGUACUCGGUGUCGGAGAGCUGAUCAGAGCUCGAAGUUUUCGGAUGACUCAAAGUCAGACCGUGGUCAGGUAUGGCAGGGAGAGUUUUUCUUCCUUCUCUCCGUCUGCGUGAGAUGUGGGACAUUUGAGAAAUUUUGAACUUUACUGUGCUCACGGACUUCUUCAUCAAGUAAUGGCAUUGUUACACUGUUUGUAACUAUAUGUUAUAAUUAUGUGGUUUUGUCAGUUUUUUCAGUCUUGGUUUGUCCUGUGUUUUGUGAUA